UGCUGCGAACUUCCGGCUAAACCUGAAUUCUAAGUCUGCUACCGGUAAUCCAGCAAACAGUCAAAACACUACUUGCGAAUAACUUUUCGACUUCAUUGCUCAUUUCAGCAUCAACUUUACAGAAAUGACACUUCCCGCAUCGUUAUUUCCGUACAAAGCUGAGCAGAUUUAAGUCAAAAUUGGCAAUUUUAGUUAUCACAAGCAAUCACCAUAAGUCAUCUCCUGUUCUCUUGUCAUCUCCUGUUCUUUACAAUUUGUAUUCAGCGGGAUAUGCCUAUUAUGGAUCCAACCGGUAUUAUGUGCCGAAUCCACCUUUAUAGUUUGAUUCUCAUAUUUACAUCAAUCCUAGGUAUCCAAAGCACGGAAAGGUACUCCCGCCAGGCGGCCCUACCGACGGAUUUUUCUUUCCAAAACCCAUCCUACUCAUUCUGCAUAAGCAACCCAACAACUGCCGGAACAUUCAUCGACCAGUUGGCUCUCACAUACUUCCCCAACGCCGUGCGCUUUAAUAUUCCCAGCAACGAUCCCAAUUUCGCCAUUAACCCGGCCAACGGUCAGUUGUUCAUCGCACAACCUCUUUCAUCCGGUCGUUCCUUUAUAUUCGUCGUUCAAGCUCAAGAUCUGGAUGCGGGCAGCACCACCACCACUUUCGUUACAGUCAACAUCGCGCCCUGCAGUGCAGCGACAACCACCACGACCAUGUCACCUUUCCGGCAGACUUCGUAUAGCUUCAGUGUUACCACUUGUACCAACGGGACGUAUAUUGGUUCGGUGGCGCCGUACGCUCGUUCGGUGUAUACAACGACGUACACCGGACAGGAUAUUCCAUCAUAUAUAAAGCUGUAUCCUAAUGGUCAGUUGUACUUAACGGGAGCGUUUCCUGCAUUAGGCGUGACCUUUACGGUGACGGCCAUGAAGGGAACAGAGAGAACCGCGUCAGCGUAUGUUACUGUUAGUAAUGACUGUCCACGGAUUUCCACAACGACAACUACCACAACCACCACCACAACAUCGACGACGCAAAUGACCACGACAGCCGCGCAGUGUGUCGCCACGCCGGCAUCACCUUCCACUUUGAAAUUUGGUCAAUGGGAGUUUCUUCUGAUGACCAGAAAUUGUGGAGCAGGCGCUACAAUUGGGACUAUCUGGAUGGAAGACGAGACCGCUAAAGUUACGUACUCAAUUCCGCCUCCAAACACAAAUUUCAGGAUUGAUAGUACAGGAACAAUCUAUGCUGCUGUUCCGCUGCGCGCGCGCCAGACAAUACAGCCGGUACAGGUGCUAGCGCGGGACACUUCCGGCAGAACUGGCGUCGGCUGUCUUCGAAUAAUGACUUUAGACAACUGCGCUAACGCAGCGCCGUAUUAACUUGAUUGUUAAAUGGCGUUUUGUUAUUUUGCAUCAACUGGUCGCACAUGUGUUCCUGUUUUGUCAUUUCAAGGCAAACUACGUAACAAUUUAUUAAAUUCGACUUUCCUUAAUUAGUAUAUUUGUACAAAUACCAUGCGAACAAGAUUACCAAGAUAGAUAAGGGUGCGA